AUGAAGAAUUUAUCAAAUGCUAAAUUUCCAGAAGCAAAAGAAGGUUCAACAGUUCAACUUAAAAUUCCUGAUGUUGAUAGAGGGAGGGGAGAUCCUCGAUCGGUAAUUGCUGUGGUUCUCAAAAUUACUGAAGACGGGUUCUAUCAACUUGGAUGUAAAAGUGGUAUUUUAAAACAGCUAUAUGCACGUUCCCAAUUUACUACGUGUUCAGAAAACCUUAUAUCAUUAAGCGAUAUACCUCAAGAAAAACAAAUUUCUCUACGAUCUGCAGCUACAGAACAUUCAAUUGGAAAUGGACAAGGUUUUUUUAAAUGUACUUGUAUCACUAAAUGCACCACUAAUCGAUGUAUAUGCCGUAAAAAUGGUGUUUUGUGCAAUUCAAAAUGUCACCAAAAUCAAUCGUGUACUAAUUUUGACAAAUAG